CCUCGUAUACCUACCUACAUAUGUUCGAUGGAUCUCAAAUGAUUCAAAGACCUCAUGAUUACAAAUGUUCUUCGAUGCGGCCUUUACUCCACAAGCAGAUGAGAUUAAUAUGAAAUAGCACAUCAGACAGAUAUCUGUUCAUCUACUUCGUAAAUACGCAUGAGCUACCCGCAACCCACGAAGCCCAACAAGCAGACAUGCAAGUGCUCAUGCAAGUUGUCCACCCCUGCACGCUGGGACAGCUAGAUGACAAAGUGGUUGUGCUGUAUAGUUUUCAAUAAAUAUAUACGGACUUGGUAUAGGUUUCUCAACUACACGACUCUCCCGACUGGCUUGCUUUACAAAUACAUAAAGGCACCAUUCGUUAUCAUAAUGGAACACGUUCUCAAGAAGUUCUAUUCGAGUCUUCUGCUCGUCGCGGUGCUUUGUCGACCAGAACGGGUACAAACCGUGGAUUCGAACAGGGACACCGGUUGGCGGCGAUUUCUUGACGACUUGUGUUGGUUCUGCGAUACUAAAAGGGCUGGCAAGACGGUCGUGACAAUCGCGGUGGAGCAAACUGACGACAAUGAGCUGAUUUUCUGGGUGGCAAGCAACGAGUGCAAGCAAACAAAGUCCUCUGUCAUGGCGAAGCAAGCGGCCCGGCAUCUCAAAUGGCUUCUCGCCCAAAUGCAAACGCAAGGAAUUAGUGCUGCCUCUCAGGCUGAUCUCGAGCGACUCGAGGGGGAAAUCUUAAACGAAGCCGUUUAUAUCAGUUAUGGGAAGUUCAGAAAUUACGUAUAUCAAUUGACUAAGCUCAUGGAGGGCCUUCAACGUGACGACCUUAUCAAUACGGACGAGGAGGAGCGCAUAAAUGACUUCGCCCAACAUCUGCUGAGUCUGCAUGCAAUGCCGGCAGCACUUUCUACUCAGGCGUACGGAUUCCGUCGAGCGGACCUUUACCAAAGCCUAAAGGCUCUUGGGGUCACACAAUCCGCAACCGCGAGGGAGUGGUCUCUGGUCCGCCACUACAUCGGCCGACUGGCCUCCUGGGCCAAGUCGGCCAGAUUCAUCGCCCGCGUGGCCAACUGCGCCGAGUUUCGGCCCUUCCUUCGCAAAGCAACCGUGCAGCCACUGGCCUCGUUGCAGGCCGUCCGCGCGAACCCCAUCAACGCUGAAGCUGGAUAUCCCGAGAUCCUGGAAACCGCGCUACCACACCUAUCAUCAGUGCAGCUGAGCGAACGCUUUCUCGCCAGCAUCGGCCCCGUCGAUGGGACUCCAGCCAAUUAUGCCCAGAACAGACUGAAUAUCUGCAACGCCAAAGCCUUCCAGCCAAGGAUUCACGCGGAGGUCCCGAUGCUGAAGCACUUCCAGCAGCAGGGACGCCGCCGGUUUGCUUUCGACCAUCGCUACAUCGCGUGUAGCAAGCCGCCGUGCUUCUGCUGCGACCUGUACCGCGAGGUCUGCCACGCGGACAUCGCCUUCCGGCCGCGGCAUGGGAACGCCUGGGUCGCGUGGUCGCUGCCUUGCGAGCUGGGGGGCCGGCUGACCGAUGGAGCGCAUGAUCUCAACCUGAUGGUCCGUGAAAUGCAGAGGCGCAUUUUGCUGUCCUUUUUCGCGAAUCCGCGGAGCGGCCGGACGCUGAGGCUCGACUCGAACACGGACAUCGAUACCACGCUGCCGAGGACCUCAUCGUUACGGAGGUUCUUUGGGGAUAGUUGAGACGCCGUCGACUAAGCGAUGAUGAUGAAACGAACAGGAAGAAUUUUACGAACAGAUUUUGCUGGCUGUAUGAUUACACU